CCGCACACGCAUCACGACUAAAGAAGCGAACAUCCGGCGCUCAGCUUGCUUCCUUUCGUUGCCGAAUCGCGAUAUAACGCCAACGAUCAGACGCCGACUCUUUGACGCCAAUUCAAGGUGGAAAACUUCCAAAGAGUGCCACUUAUACUCCGCGCACAAUCAGCAACAUAUGGCGAUCGUGUAGCAUCGAAAUCAAAGAUGCCGACACUGAGUGAACCUACUAUUCUUACUUAUACUGUGCCGCCUCUCUCUCGAGACGUCGAGAGACGCGCGAUGAUCGCUCGAGUGUACGUUGCCCUGCUCCUCGUCGCCGCGUGGCUGCCGGCUUUCGGUGACACCGCCUCCGCGCACAUUCACACACAUCAGCGCAACAAGAUUGACAGCAAUGAGAGGAUGGAGGACGGGGCCUUCAGCCCUCGCGACGCCGACCAUUACGCGGAGGGCGAGCAUCAUCAGGAGUUUGAUCAUGAAGCCAUCCUAGGAAGUGUAAAAGAAGCAGAAGAAUUUGAUAAACUUCCAAUAGAAGAAUCCAAAAGGAGAUUAGGAAUUUUACUGACUAAGAUGGAUCUGAAUAAUGAUGAAUAUAUAGAGAGAAAUGAACUAAAAGCCUGGAUCUUACGUUCGUUUGGCAUGCUAUCUGCAGAAGAAUCUCAAGAUCGCUUGGACGAGGCUGAUACAGAUGGAGAUGGCAAAGUGAGCUGGGAUGAAAUCCUGCAGGAUACUUAUGGCAGCGAUCCCCAAGAUUUAGCUCUCGAUGAUAAAUUGAUUCAAGAUGAUAAAGAGACAUUUGAGGCUGCAGAUUUAAACAAAGAUGGUUAUUUGGAUUCAGAGGAAUUCAAAGCUUACACACAUCCUGAGGAGACACCUAGAAUGUUUACAUUGUUGUUGAAGCAAGCUUUGGAAGACAAAGACACAGAUAAAGAUGGAUACAUUAAUUUUCAGGAAUUUAUCGGUGAUAGAGCCAAAUCUAAGGAUAAAGAAUGGUUACUAUCAGAAAAAGAUAAAUUUGAUUAUGAACAUGAUAAGAACAAAGAUGGUAGACUCGAUUCGGAUGAAAUUCUUUCUUGGCUUGUCCCAAGUAAUGAAGAAAUAGCAAGCGAUGAAGUGGAUCAUUUAUUCGCAGGUUCCGACGAUGAUCAUGAUAAUAGAUUAUCGUUCGAAGAAAUAUUGGACCAUCAUGAUGCUUUUGUUGGUAGCGAAGCUACAGAUUAUGGUGAUCAUUUACAGGAUAUCGACCGUUUCAGCGACGAACUUUGAAAGUCAUUAAUCAAUCAAGCUGAUAAUACACGUAUUAUCUUUUGUAAUACUCACAACAGAUUAUUUUAAACUAAAAAUAUUUUUAAUACACUACUCAAAAUGAUAAUGGAAUAUUGUCUUUAAGAAUGCUUGUAACUAAAAUCUCCAAAUUUUAAACUAGCAUUUAAAAAAAUUAUUGUAUAUAACAAGGGUAUAUUUAUUACAAGAUGUACAUUAAAUCAUGCAUAAAGAGAAAUAUUCAAGAUCUAAAAUCUUUACUAGAAUCUUAUACACAUUUACUUAAAAAAUAUUCCACUAAUCGUUUUGAGCAGUAUUUUUCUCAAUGCAUCUCUUUUCAGCUUUUAUCUAUUUCAUUUAUUUUAUUUUAUCUAUUUAUGCAGCUAUUAGAACAAAUUUAUAUUAACAACACAAAACAUAUAUAAGAUUAAUGAAACUUGCUCAUCGUAUAUAUUUGCGAUGUUUCACAUAUAGUAUAACAUUAUAUGAACCAUCGUCUUCCAAUUUCUACCAAACAUGAGUGCCAUACUAGAGAAUGCAGAAAGGGAAAAUAAAUUAGAAUAACAAAAGAAUCAUAUUUCUUAUUGCAAAUACAUAGAAUUAAGUUUAAAUUUCCCAUCAACAUUAUAUUAUGUUGUAUAUAUUAUUUAUUAUAUAUAUAUGUGUGUCUAUUACAUGUAAAGCACAAGUUGUUUGAAUUCUGCAAGGAAUUAAUGUAAUUUUCAUUUCAAUUAAUAUUAAAUCUUUAUCACUUUUUGAUAUACGCAUUAAAAAAUAUAAAUCUUUGCCGAGUGAUGUCCGCGUUGAUUUUUAAUAAAAUAUUUUAAUUUGAA